AUGGAUAAUCAUUAUGUUACUUUGAAAUUUGAAGGAACUUCUUUUUCGUUAGGGUUGUGGGAUACGGCUGGUCAAGAAGAUCGUUUGAGACCACUUUCUUAUCCAGAAACUAAUGUAUUUGUUGUUUGUUUUUCAAUUGUAGAUUACGCAUCCUUCACUGAUGUCAAGUAUAAAUGGGUUCCAGAACUCCAUCAUCACUGUCCUGAUGCUACAAUCAUCUUGUGUGCAGUCCAGAUUGAACUCAGAAAUGACGAAACUAGACGAAUUGAAGUCACCAAAGAAAUGGCAGAAGAAAUGGCAAAGGAAACCAAUUGUGCUGGUUAUAUCGAAUGUUCUGCAAAAAAUGGAAUUGGAAUUAGCGAACUACUCGAAACAAUUAAGGAAUUUGCAUUAUUUCCUGAGAGAGCAGAUAAAAAAUCAAAAAAGAAAUCUUCAAGCAAAUCUGGAAUUUUUGGAAGAUUGAAGAAUGUUUUCCAAGUUAAACCAACUGGUAAUUCACCUAAUUCAUCUCCAACUAUAAUGGAAUCGAAGCAAUCUUCUGACAAUUCAACAAUUAUUCGAUUGCCAAUGCUUAGUACACCAAAUGUCAUGCCAGAUGUCAGAACUACACCAGUAAUUGAAGAGAAGCAAGCAAAUAGUCCAUCAAUGUCAAGAGAUUUCAAUCAAGUUCCAUUUGAGGAUUGGACAGCUGAAGAAGUUUCAAAAUGGCUUCAAUCCAAAGGUUGCAAUCAAACAGUCAUUGACAGUAAGUAUUUCACAUGA